ACUCGAUCAAUAACCGCACCCUUUCUGAUUCGUGCGAGAAUUCUCCAGAGUGCAAAAUCCAGAAUUCGAUUCACCGGAGGCCGAUCCGCAUCCGAAGAUGAACGACGCCGACGUUUCCAAGCAGAUCCAGCAGAUGGUCCGUUUCAUCCGCCAAGAGGCGGAGGAGAAGGCCAACGAGAUAUCCGUUUCCGCCGAAGAGGAAUUCAAUAUCGAGAAGUUGCAGUUGGUGGAAGCUGAGAAGAAAAAGAUCAAGCAGGAGUAUGAGCGGAAGGAAAAACAAGUUCAAAUCCGAAGGAAAAUUGAGUACUCUAUGCAACUGAAUGCUUCCCGGCUCAAGGUUCUUCAAGCUCAGGAUGAUUUAGUGAAUGAAAUGAAGGAGGAAACAUCGAAGCAGCUUUUGAAUGUUAGCGGUGAUUCUAAUUACAAGCAGCUCCUGAAGAAUCUGAUUGUUCAGGGGUUGCUCAGGCUUAAAGAGCCGUCUGUGUUACUGCGCUGCCGGAAAGAGGACUUAGCCUUGGUGGAUUCUGUCCUGCAGUCCGCUAAGGAUGAGUAUUCCGACAAGGCAAAGGUUCAUGCACCUGAGAUCAUAGUUGACAAUGUCCACCUUCCACCCGCUCCUUCUGAAAGGAAUGAACACGGGCCUUCCUGUUCGGGAGGCAUAGUGUUGGCUUCUAGGGAUGGGAAAAUUGUGUUCGAGAACACUCUCGAUGCUAGGCUGGAUGUUGUAUUCCGCAAAAAGCUGCCAGAGAUCCGCCGGAGCCUCUUUGGUCAGACUGUUGUUUAAAUGUUGGAAUCGCACUCCUUGUAUGUAUUACGAUCUUGUGUUAGUUUGGUUAUUUUGUUCUUUUUGCGAUAUUCACUCUUCUCCUGCCUAGCUGUUUCCGAGUUCCUGGGUAGCAGCAGCAGCAGCAGCAGCGGCGCACACUCAUUGUUACCCUGUGCUUUAUUCUGUCAAAACUGCCGGCUCAGGUGACAUUGCUCGAUUUUCUUGUUUUUAAGUGGCAUCUCUAUUUAUUCCAGUUUGCUUUUCUACAAAUAAUUAUGUUGAGAGAUGUCCGGACAAUGCGUGUGACAAUAAAUCACAUCGAGGGAGGGAAUCGAUGUUAUUUGAAUU